AUGGAGCCUCUCGGGGAAACCAUCCGAAUCGGCUAUGUUCCUGAACAUUACCUGUCCCCACUCCACUUGUCUCUACGCUCUGCAGCGCUGCUUACGGUGCCAUUCACGAUCGCGCUGGUCCCCUUCCCCUCCGGCACGGGACACAUGAUUACCUCUCUCCGCGAGGGGGAGAUCGACCUUGCCAUCGGACUAACAGAGGGAUGGGUGGCUGGUCUGGCGGGGAAAGCGCAGGCGCAGAAGGAUGCUGCAUCUGGGGGUUACAAGAUGGUCGGUCAAUGGGUUGAUACGCCCUUACGGUGGGCUAUUGUUACGGGUCGAGAGAGAGAGGACAUCCAGUCCGUGGCUGACUUGAAAGACAAGCGAGUCGGUAUCAGUCGACCAGGCAGUGGCUCCCAUAUCAUGUCGUUCGUGCUGGCGCAGAAACAGGGCUGGCAACCUGACACCUUGACUCCCGUGCCCUUGGGUCCGUUCCAGGCCCUGCGCAACGGGGUCACCGGCGCGGAUGCCCCCGAGCCCUCGGCGGAGUUCUUCAUGUGGGAGCAGUUCACCACGAAGCCAUACUUCCACGCGACGGCGGAGAACCCUCGUCCACCGCUUAAGAAGUUCGAUGAGAUCUACACCCCAUGGCCAUCGUGGAUGAUUGUGGCCUCCACCGCCGUCUUCCCGAACCCCGAACAGGACGACAAACUGAGGCAUUUGUUCCGGCUCUUCGAUCAUGGGAUCCGGGACUUCGAGGCCGAUCCCUCGCAGGUAGUGAGAUUACUGGGAACAGGGGAGCUGGGAUGCACGUACACGGAGGAUGACGCGAAAGAAUGGCUGAAGGACGUCAGGUUUGUUCAUGGGACGAGGGGAGUGGAUCGGAAGAUGGUUGAAAGCGUCGUCGAUGUGCUCAAGGUCGCUGGGGUGAUUGAUAGCAACAUGAGUUCCGACGAGGCGAUUGACAGAGUCAUUGGGAUUCAUCGGUGA